AUGAAAGAUCUUUCCGUUGCCAUUGCGAUCGGAAGACACCUAGACACUCUCCUUACGCCCAGUCCUGAGACCACUGAAAGUGCUACUCCUCAGGAUGCCAUCACGGCCCCCUCAUCCGUGCCAGAAUUUGGCGUGGGGCUGGGAACUGGCACAACUGGCGCAGUUGGCUCGGCAGCAGAAAUCAGCAUGCACGACUCCAAUUUCCACUCCGAGCCUCUUUCGGUCGAUCAGUUCGAACCUCUGCCAGACUUGGAUGUCUUUGGGUCAGAUGUAUUCAACGACUUCGACUCCUUUAUCGCCACGAUGGGGAUGAACGGACCGUUCGAGCUGGAUCUCUUCACAGGUGGACCGAACCAUGAACCAACUCCUGCUCCCAAUGGUCGCACAGAAAUGUUGAUGCUACAUAGACAUCCAAAUGCACCGCAACAGCAUGACUCGUACCAGUGCCAGGAUGUAGCAAGGGGUGCCAAAAGCAUGGAGUUCGCCGAUGCCGACGCGGAUGAAUUGAAAGAACUGCGACCCAUGCCUUGUCCCUGGGGAUUCUCGACGGCUCAAAGAGAGGAGCUGCAACGAAUAUCAAGUGUGUACAGAAACGGAGAGGAAGCUUACCAAGUCCCAUCUCGCCUUGCACUCGGACGAUAUAUUGCUGCGUACUUCGAUGAGCUCCAUAACCAUUUUCCAAUGAUCCACGCCAGUACGUUUCGGCCUCAGACUAUUUGUACAAGUGCGCCUGAGCUCGUCCUGGCUCUUGCCACAUGUGGUGCAGCUUGCAAAUACGAGACCAGGACAGCUCUGCGGACAUGGCAUGUGGCCACGAGGAUCACAUUGGCGAAGUGGAGGCAAACCAGUGUGGCUACAUCAGAAGAGAAGCUUCGAACUGCACAGGCGGCGUUGUUACUCACAGACUUCGCACUGUUGCACUACAACUGCAAAACUAUGCAGAACUCACCCGAGUUGAGGGAGAUAUUGCAAGACUUUGCUCGCGACCGCCGAGCGAUCGAGCAUAGUGAGCAGCGUGACUGGCAGAGAUGGAUACUGGCUGAAGGGCGACGGCGCACUGUGUGCUGCAUAUACGUUGUCCUGCAUCUUUUCAGCACCGCUUUGGAUGUACCUCCAUCGUUGCUCGUGAGUGAGCUCGAUGUACAAUUACCAUCAUCGACGGCAGAGUGGACAGCUCCGUCACAGUCUGCGUGGCUACAAGCCAGAAAGAGCGGUACUUCUGUGACCCACGUACAAGAGGCUCUGGCAGCUCUCUUCUCAGCAACGACUCCUCAAGGUCUACAUUCACCGCUAUCGAACCUGGUGUUGAUGGUUGCUGUACUGCAAAGGGUCUAUCUCGGGCGGCAAAUGCAGCUCGUGGGCGACCAAGGCCCCGUCAGAGAUGGGGACGCGAGUGAGAUACAAUCAGCUCUCCAGAGAUGGACUUUGGCUUGGCAACAGGCCCGUGAAUCCAUGCUCGAUCCACGGAAUCCUGACGGCUCAAAUUCCUUUACCUCAACCUCGUACCUAGGUCUAGCCUAUAUCCGCCUCUGCACAAACUAUGCAUCGCGCAGACAUCUUGCUUCGUGGGACGUUGCAAAAAUUGGAAGAAGCCUCCACGAGUCACCUCUACCUCAACGCUCAUCAUCACUUGCUCCGGCUUUACUACAUGCCACGCAAGCGCUAUACAUCCCCGUCAAAUUGGGCCUAGAAUGGAUCACACGAAGCAAUUUCUUACAUUGGGACUUAUCGAUCUUUCUGUGCUAUCUCGAAGCUGCUGUUUUCACAUCGAAAUGGCUAUUGAGCGUUGCCGAGUCGUCGGGCCACUUUCCGCUGACAGAUUGUGAACUCAACAUACUCAAGACCUUGCACCGUAUCUCGGACGAAAUCGACGAGUCACUGGACCCGAUAAUAGAUGUCGUGGAGAUGCAGACCGUACGCGUCGCGUCGGAACUUGGUACUGCGGCUCUAGCUCGCAGUCUAGCUGUCCGCAUAGCAGACAUCUGGGCUAGACUCUUUUCCCAUCACAAUAGUCCGUGGCCGAUGGUGGACCUCAUAGGAAGAAGUCUGGCAGAAUAUGCUCGGCUGGUACGCGAACAUACGCAGAUAAAGUAA